GGUAAACUCAGUAUGAAUCAGCUGUGUGUUAUGUGUUUUGGUUUGUUUACAUAGAAAAUUCAGUUAACCUCUUAAUUCGUAAUGGAAAUAAUGACAAUGAUAAGGGUAACACAUCAAAAGCGCCCUUGAUAUGGGAAUGAAUUGAUUUGAUCGAGAUGGUCCAUAUUCCUAACACAUAUGCAUACGAUUUUUGGCUUGAAAACACACCCGAUCCAGUUGUUGAGCUGAGUUGUCUUAUGCCAAAUAGCAUAUUCAUUCCUCUGAAAGUUAACAGAAAUGCAACACUACAUGAAAUCAAGGAGGAUCUGUGGGAGGAGGCUGCGCGGUAUCCCUUGUAUGGGAUGCUGCACGAUGCCUCCUCAUACGUAUUCGCAUGCAUCAAUUCGAUGGCGGAGAACGAAGAACUGGAUGACGAGAACAGACGCAUAUGUGACAUACGCCCAUUCUGCUCCGUGUUACGAAUUAUUGAACGUAAAGGAAAUAAGGCGGAGAAGUCACUAAAUAAUCAGAUCAGCCAUCUUAUAGGAAAGGGACUUCAUGAAUUUGAUUCUUUAAAAAAUUCUGAAGUGAAUGAUUUUCGUUGGAGGAUGAAAAAUCUUGGAGAUGAAAUAGCACAAAGUCGACAAAACAUGUCAUGGUUAGAUAAAAUGAAUUAUCAGUACCCUCCAAGGCUUUCAGCAUCUCCUGUUCCUCCUCCAAAUGUGAGCUGUCGCUUGAGAGAAGGCAACUUUGUGCUUGUAACAAGAUUUGAGAAUACAGAGACAUCUUUUACUUUCAAUAUUCCAUACACUAUGACUCCGCACAAGUUGCUGGUGACUGUUCUGAACAAGAAAGCCAUCACACUCAAUUCACGAGGUGAACACCCAUCGGACUUUGUGCUCAAAGUUUGUGGACAGGAGGAGUAUUUGGUGGGUGAUUAUCCAAUCAUUCAGUUCCUGUAUGUUCAAGAGGCAUUAGCCGCAGAUCUUACACCAACACUUGUUGUGGUUUCAGUCAACAGCGUUCCAGUUGAUAUUGACAAUGUGUAUGAGGAUGCUGAAGAUGUAGAAAGGAAACCAAGGUCAUCGUCGUCAACUUUAACUUGGAAAAAGAAGGGGAAGCAUUUGUCAUCGUGGUCCAUAGAUGUGAAAUUUGCAUUCCGCAUAAGUGCCAUAUGCCGCCUGAACUGCGAUGUAACACGAACAGAGGUGGGAGUGCAAGCAGGCCUCUUUCAUGGAGGUAAGUCACUUGCUGAGCCGCAGAAGACAAGUGAGAAGCAAGUGUCGAAGGAUGGGGAGUGUGAGUGGGAGGAGGAUUUGCAGUUUGACAUACAAGUCUGUAACAUCCCACGAAUGGCACGUCUCUGCCUUGUUGUUUAUGAGAUCUCAAAGACUGCCAAAGGUUCCAAAUUUCGCAGACUAAAGGAUUCAAAGCAGGAGAUGUUCAUCAAUCCUUUGGCUUGGGUAAAUACAACUGUAUACGAUUUUAAAAAUCAAUUGAAGAUUGGAGCAAUGACACUGUACAUGUGGACAUAUGCAGAAGACACACAGACUGAUGACAUCCUACAUCCAUUAGGAACAGUUGUAUCAAAUCCUAACGUUGAACAUGCUACUGCCUUAACCAUCACUUUCCAUAGGUAUGAUGCAGAACGAACUGUCAUGUACCCAUCACCUGAAAAAGUAUUGGAGUUUGCUAGUAGCCAGGAGACCCCAAGCGGCACAGAAGGGGAGAACAUGGCUAGUGCCGAAAUACCAGGCAUGCAACCAAUGGUGUUCCUGGAACAACUAAGACAGGCUGCUGAGAGAGAUCCAUUGCAUGAAUUGCAUGAACAGGAGCGCAAAAUAAUUUGGAGUCUUCGAUACGACUGUCUUGCACAUUUUCCACAGCUGCUCCCAAAAUUACUUGACUGCGUCGAAUGGAAUGAUCACAGAGAGGUUUCAGAAGUGACUGCACUUUUGAGAAGGUGGCCGAAACUACCAGUGGAAAAAGCACUUGAGCUGCUUGACUAUGCAUAUGCGGAUCAAGCAGUUCGUAGUUUUGCUGUACAGUGUCUUAAAAGUGUUAGUGAUGAAGACCUCUCAUUGUACCUGCUUCAACUUGUCCAGGCACUGAAACAUGAAGCUUAUUUGUACUGUGAUCUUGUAGAGUUCCUGUUACGCCGUGCUCUGAUGAACCAGAAAAUAGGUCACUAUCUUUUCUGGCAUCUCAGGUCUGAGAUGCAGGUGCCCUCAGUUUCAGUGAGAUUUGGGCUGAUACUGGAAGCAUACUGCCGGGGAAGCAAAGAACACAUGAGGGUCCUGGCACGACAGGUAGAGUUUCUGGAGCGAAUGAGGGAAGUCAGUGAACUUGUGCGACAGCGACGUGACAAAGAUAAGGCACGAGCUUGUCUUCAAGAAAAUUUGGAACAGCCACACAUUGGUGAUGCAGUUUCACGUGUUUUGUCUCCUCUUGACCCAAGUUACCGGUGUAAACAUGUCAAGAUUGAAAAAUGCAGAGUCAUGGAUAGCAAAAUGAGGCCUUUGUGGAUUGUGUUUGAAAACGAUGAUCCAUAUGGUGAUGACAUAUUUAUCAUUUUUAAAAAUGGUGAUGACUUGAGACAAGAUAUGUUAACACUGCAAAUGCUGAGAAUAAUGGACAAAUUGUGGAAAAACGAGGGUCUGGACUUGAGGAUGAAUCCCUAUGGAUGCAUAUCAACUGACAAUCGUGUUGGUCUCAUUGAAGUAGUUUUAAAUGCUGAAACAAUAGCAAAUAUUCAGAAGGAGAAAGGAAUGUUUUCUGCUACAUCAGCAUUUAAGAAGGGUUCACUUUUAGCUUGGCUGAAAGACAACAACCCAACUGAUGUUCAACUAAAUAAAGCAAUAGAGGAAUUCACAUUAUCCUGUGCUGGCUACUGUGUAGCUACCUAUGUGUUGGGUGUCGGAGACAGACACUCUGAUAAUAUUAUGGUGAAGAAAUCAGGACAGCUGUUCCAUAUUGAUUUUGGCCAUAUAUUAGGUCAUUUUAAAGAGAAGUUUGGUUUCCGGCGUGAACGAGUCCCCUUUGUGUUGACACAUGAUUUUGUUCAUGUAAUCAAUAAGGGACAAACAAAAAAAGAAGCGUUGGAGUUUCAGAUUUUUCAGAGGCAUUGUGAACAGGCAUUCCGAAUUUUGAGACGACACGGAAGUCUCAUCCUUUCAUUGUUUGCAAUGAUGAUCUCCACAGGACUACCUGAGCUUAGCUCAGAAAAGGAUCUCAAUUACCUAAGGGACACUCUUGUAUUAGAGAUGUCCGAGUCUGAUGCUCUCACACACUUCCGUUCCAAGUUUGAUGAGGCACUGUGUAAUUCGUGGAAGACAUCACUGAACUGGGCAACACAUAAUAUGUCAAAAAACAAUACCCAGUGAGCUGCUGAACUGAAAGUUGCUGAGUCUCCAUAAUGUCUCUUCACAGAUGGUUCUUUGUGAUAUUCUUCCAGGGCUCAAGCAGUUAACAGAACUUAAGAAUUUUAUUUCUGCAAUAACUAGAAAAAUGUGUGUGUGUGUGUGUGUGUGUGUGUGUGUGUGUGUGUGAAGGGAUGGAAGGAGACUGGGAAUGGAGACAGAAAUACUCAAUGAUUUUUAGAGGGUUUCAAGUUCACUAUUUAGUCUAAGUGUGGAGUGGCUUCCAGUACACCAAAUAGGAAUCAUCAUGUAUUGUUUGUUUGUUUUUAAAAAUUGCUUGAAAUAUGUGUGUCAUCUGUUAUCAGUGCACAGACCCAGACUAGUGUUUUCAGUAUGCUUCUACUCAGUAUUUAUUAAACAGCACUCAUAUCUUGAGCAUGUUAUAUUUUAGUUCUUAAUUAUGCGCUGUGCCUGAUAAUUUUCUAGUUCACCACAUUUUGGUAUUUGUUCUGCAAUACAAAUGUGAGUACAAUGUUGUAAAUAUUUGGAUGUGUAUAUUGAAAGUUGUAUGUAUAUAGAGUACUCAUGAAUGUCUGAGUAGGCUUGUUAAAAGUAAGUUUUAUGUAUGUAUACGAAGCAGAGUAAUAUUUUGUUACACCUGAAACCUAUCUAUUUUAUUAAGUUGUUGAUGUUGCUCCAUAAGUUUUAGUCAGGAAAUUGAAUAGGCCCUUGAACAUUAUGAAAUUAUUUCUUACAUUUUUGCAUUUGUUUUAUUUGCAUCAGGAGAUCAUGCGCCUGAGCUGUUUUCAUCUUGUUCAUUGAUUAUUGAAGAAGUUUGUUGACGAGUGUUUUAAAAGUCACAAACCAUUGUUCACGAAAGUGAGAGUGACAUAAUGCAGUAUGUAUGAAUCAUUAUGAUGAAGCAAAGUCCUACGCAAUGAACUACAUUCUGUUACUUUUCCCUUAUUCAAAAGAAGUGAUAAAAAAAGAGACCUGACACAGUUCUCGUGCUAAAGAACUCAGUACCAAGAAAAAUGGUUUAUGGUCUGUAACUACCACCACCACCACCACCACCAUCACUACUACUCCUACUCCUACUCCUACUCCUACUCCUACUUCUUCUUCUUCUUCUUCUUUAUGUUUCAUAUUCUGUAUUUAUUUGUUUUCAUUAAUUUGUUUUGGUUGAUUUGUUGUUUCGUUAAAACUUUUUACAUCCUGUGAAACAUGAAAAGACAUAGCAAUGCCUCUUACAUAUGUUGCGAAAAAGAUGUAGGGCAUUAUUUGUGAUAUCUUUGUAGCCUGUCACAUUGGUGUUGCUCAAUAAUUCCCAUAAAGAAACAAUUAAUUCCUGUUUUAUCUAACAAACAAUGUAAAAUCUAGAAUGGAAUGUAACAAUAUUAUGGAAAGGAAAGUUGUUACGCACCAUAUAGUGGCGAUGCUGAGUCGCAGGUAGGCACAACAAGAAGACUGUCACAAUAUAAGCUUUCUGCCAACAAGGCCUUUGUCGAAAAUAGAUGACACAAACACACAAACAAUGUGUGUGUGUGUGUGUGUGUGUGUGUGUGUGUGUUUGUGUGUGUGUAGUCUAUUUUCGACAAAGGUCUUGUUGGCCGAAAGCUUAUAUUGUGACAGAGUUUUUGUUGUGCCUUUUUGCGACUCAGCAUCUAUGCUAUAUGGUGAGUAGCAGCUUUCUUUUCCAUAAUACUGUUUUUAUCUAUUCUAUUUAAGGGUUAUGUAACUUAUGCAGCAUCACAGAAAAAAAAAAAACAGUUUCUUCAUUGAUAGCAAGUAUUGUGUAAUUGGGUUGCAAGUGGACAGAUGACUUUUAUGCCAGCACACAGUGUUGCUAACAGGCGCUGCAAGUUGAUUCUACUAACUAUCCUGAUGUACUUAUCUUACUGUGCCCUGAACUGCAAUUGCGUGCUGUAUCCAUCUAUAUUAACUCUAAUUCAUGUUACCCUGCGAGCAUUGGAUUUAAUAAUGCCGUCAGUUGCCUGGAAAUCAUAUCUAUUUUUUUCCCUUUCAUGUUAUAAUAGUUGUUAUUUAAAGAUACAUAACUUUUUCAAAAAUGUCACUGCAGUGGUCAUUAUGAUGAAGCAUUGUUUAAUGUGGGUAUAGCAGUGUACCUUAUUAAUCAAUGCCAAUUUAUGUAAUUAAAAAAAUAAUUCUGCUGUUUAUCCCAUGCAUGUAAGUUGAUUAUUUAUGAAGUAAAUCACUGAAUGAUGUUCAUCUGAACACACAUUUCAUUCAGAAUAUAUUCCACAGAAGAGGAAAAGGAUUCUUUUAGGAUUCUUUUCUUGACUGCAGAUGAGCUAAUCUCAAAACACCUUGCACCCUGUGUUACAACAGUUAUUAAAUGUACCUGUCUUUACACUUUGUCAUAAUAAUACCUAGUGAACUUGUUCAGAAUUAGAAAAUAAGCCAUAAAAUGCAUGUCAAUGCAUAAUUGAAGCAUGACAACUGUGUAAACAAAUCAGUUUUAAACUGUUAAGCAGUGUUUGCCAGUUUUUGUCUUUAAAAAUUUUAAUUUAAGAAGCUAAAUCUGAAAGUAGCUUCUUUUUUUAUUUAUGUUUUUUGUAGAACUGUGAUAUAUCAUUGAUUAUCUUGUUUUAUGUGUGUUUUUCAUAGCUCAUCAUUCAAAAAUUUUAUAUAUUACUAAAAUUUUUAUUUUGUGUUUAAGGGUUUUACCAUCUCAUUUACAUGUGGCAAAAUUUAUAAAUCAUAUCUGUGAUUUUGAGUUCUGUUUCAUAGUUUUAUAAUUAUUACUGCCAUUAAAAAAUAUGUAAGGAAAGGUAUAUUCAUAAGAAGAAGAUCAGAUUUUGGCUAUUUCAUAAUUUGCCAGGAAAUGAUUUCUUUUAAAGAUAGAGACUUUUCCUUAGUGCACAAAAGUGAAAUACGCAGUAUGGUUCUGAAAUAGAGUUCUGAUGGAAGAGUUUUUUUUUUUUUUUAAGUCAUGUUUACUAGUUUAUAGUUGGACAGGAGGACAUUUGUAGAAAGUUUGUGCUCACUUUUGCUCCCUUGACACUUAAUUACCUUUUUUUAAAGUAUGGAGGUGGAAAUGUCUUAUUGUACAAAGAGAGAGAGAGAGAGAGAGAGAG